AUGUCUGCGGAAGAUAAAGACUUAGACUUGAUUGAUUUCGAGUUCAAGUUACAAAAAAUAAGAACUCAAAUCACUUCUAAAUUAGAAAAUCAAAAACAUUUAGCAUUAAUUUUAUCAGCUGUUGAAGAAAACAUUUCAGAUCAAAAUUCAAAUGGUCAAAAAUCUCCUGUUGCUUAUUUCGUUUCAUUUUUAUCCCUUUUAGAACAAUCAAUCAAUGUUCAAACUGAUGAAAUCUUAGAUCCAGCUUUAGCUGCUUCAAGUGCUUAUUUCUUAGAUUUAACUUUACCAUUCAUUCCAAAAAGUUUAUUAAAAUCAAAAUUCCCAGAAAUUUUAACUAAAUUAGCUCCUGCAAUUACAAACACCGAAGCUGAAGCUCCAUUGAUUAGAUCUGCUAUUGGUGCUUUAGAAACUUUAUUAAUUGCUCAAGAUUUAAAUUCAUGGAAUAAUUCAUCAUUAAAUAUUAACCCAAAAAGAGGUUUAGGUGGAUUAUUAGAAUAUUCUUUAGAUCCAAGACCAAAAGUUAGAAAAAGAGCUCAAGAAGCUGUCCAUAAAAUCUUAGCAAAUCCUCCACCAGGUCCAGCAAGAGAACAUGUUGGUAGUGGAUUAGCUUCUGAUUUAUCAAUAAAGACAAUUGUGGAAUUAUUAAGUAAUAAACCAAAUCAAAAAACAAAUAAAGAACAUUCAGCUAAAUUGAUACAUACUUUACAAUUAAUUAGUGCUAUAACCUCUGCAAAUACUUGGCCUGCAUCUAAAAUUGAAACUUUAUGUGAUUUAUUAUUAGAAAUUUCUAAAACUAAUGACCAAUAUUUAGUUUCUGCUGCAUUUGGUGGAUUUGAAGGUUUAUUUAAUUCAAUGACUAAUGAAAUUGAUAAUGAUAAAUUUACAAAAGUGUUGAAUAUCAUUUUUGAUCUAAAACCAUCAGUUAAUGAUUCUCAUUUAGCUGCUGCUUGGAUUGCAGUUGUUGCUAAAGGUGUUACAGCAUAUUCCAAAAUUGAACCAUUGGAAGCUAUCAAGAAAAUUCCAAAUGUUUUAAAAAUUUUACAACCAUUCUUUGCUUCAGAAAUUUCAGAUAUCUAUAUUAGUGCAUCACAAUGUGUAAUUUCCAUUAUUACUGAAGGUAUCCCAGAUAAAUUUUUAUUAUUACCAACUAAUGAUAAUGGAAUCACUGGUGAAAUUUAUGAAGAAGUUGAUGAAGUAAUUACAGAAUUAAGUGAAAUUAUUACAGAUUUAUUAGCUGUUAAAUAUACUAAUGCUACUAAAGAAAUUUUAGAAGUUGUUGUUUCAAUAUUUGCAAAAUUAAGAUCAAGAUCAAAUCCUGAUUUCUUAAAACCUUUAGAAAUUAUUGGUGAAUGGAGAACUAAUGAAGAUUUUGAAUUUAAAAAUGAAGCUGAAUCUGUUAUCGGUACUGCUAUUACUGAAUUAGGUCCAGAAGUUGUCCUAAAUGUCCUUCCGUUAAAUUUGUUAGAUGCUAAUAAAUCUGGUAGAGCUUGGUUAUUACCAUUAUUAAGAGAUAAUGUUCGUUUUGCAAGAUUAGGUUUUUUCAAACAAGAAUUUUUACCAUUAAUUGAAACAUUCUCUAGCAAAAUUGAAUCAUUAGAUAAAAACUCUGUUCAUUCCAAGAUUUUCCAAACAAUUAUUGAUCAAACUUGGUCAUUAUUACCACAUUUUGCAGAUUUACCAAAUGAUUUAACAAAAUCUUUUAAUGAUGAAUUUGCUCAAAAUUUGGCACAAUUAUUAUAUACUAAAGUUGAAUUAAGAGUUAAUAUUUGUCAUGCUUUAAGAUUAUUAGUUGAAAGUAAUGUUGCAUUUGCUAAUGGUGCUUUAGUUGAUGAUGAAUUUUUAUCACAGCAAUUUUCUAUAAAAGAAGCUCAAUCAAAUGUUGAAUAUUUAUCAUCAAAAUCUUCAAAUUUAUUAGCUGUGCUAUUUAAUGUUUUUUCACAAACUGCUCCAGAAUCAAGAAAUUUUGUUUUAGAAACUAUUGAUACUUAUUUAAGUAUUUCUACUCCAGAAGAUUUACAAAAUACUUUUAAUAAAGUUUCAGUAUUAUUAAAAGAUGCUUUAGAUAAUGAAGCUAAAGAACAAGCCAAUAAUAACAAACAACAACAAAAUCAAAAAGGUGUUUCUAAAUUAAGUGCUACAAUGAUGGAUUUAGUUGUUGCUAUGGCUAAAUAUGUUCCAGAAUCUUCAUAUAAUGCAUUAUUUACAAUUUUCAAUCAAACGGUUUCUUCAGAAGAUCCAUUAUUACAAAAGAGAGCAUAUAGAAUUAUUUCAAAAUUAAUUGAAACACCAACUGGUCAAAAUGCCCUUGUGAAAUUUAUUGAAUCAAUAGAAAAAGUUAUUAUUGAAUCAACUCAAUCAGUUCAUUUAUCUGCAAGAGCAUCAAGAUUAUCUGCCAUUUCUACAAUUUUAACUAUAUUACCAUCAAAUGAUUUAUAUUUCAUUCCAGCUAUCUUAUCAGAAAUAAUAUUAUCAACAAAAGAUCAAAAUGAAAAAACAAGAGAAUUAUCUUAUAAUAUCUUGAUUGAAAUGGGUAAAUUAAUGCAUAAAGGUGGUGUUGUGCAAAAUUCCAAGAUCCCAGGAUUUGGUGAUGAUGUUCCAGAUGCUGAAGCUAAUUUAACUGAAUAUUUCACAAUGGUUAGUGCUGGUCUUGCUGGUUCUGCUGCACAUAUGAUUAGUGCUACAAUUACAGCAGUUAGUUGUUUAAUUUUUGAAUUUAAAGAUGUUGUUGAAACUGAAUUAUUAGUGGAAAUUUCAUCAACUGUGGAAUUAUUUUUAACUUCAAAUAAUAGAGAAAUUGCAAAAUCUACUAUUGGAUUUGUUAAAGUUGCUGCUAUAAGUUUACCAGAAGAAUUAGUUAAACCAAAUUUGAAAAAUUUAUUAGAACAUUUAUUACGUUGGUCUCAUGAACAUACUGGACAUUUUAAAUCAAAAGUUAAACAUAUUGUGGAAAGAUUAAUUAGAAGAUUUGGUUUUGAAACUAUUGAAGAAAAUUUCCCAGAAGAAGAUAAGAAAUUAUUAACAAAUAUUAGAAAAACUAAAGCAAGAGCUAAAAGAAGAGCUGCUGAAGAAGGUGAAGAAGAUGAUGAAGAAGGUACAAAUAAUGGUAAAUCUAAAUUUUCAAAUGCUUAUGAUGAAGUAUUAUAUGAUUCUGAAGAUGAUAGUGGAGAUGAUGAACCAACAAAUAAUAAUAACAACAAUAGAAAAGGUAAAGGUAAUCAAUAUAUUAUGGAAGCUAAUGAAGAACCAUUAGAUUUAUUAGAUCGUCAAGCAUUAUCACACAUUUCAUCAUCAAAACCAACUAAAAAGGGUGGUAGAAAAAUUAAUGCAUCAGAAUUUGAAAAAGAUGGUAGAUUACAUUUCAGUGAUAAAAAUAGUGCAAAUGAUGAAGAUCCAUUAAAAUCAAUCACAUCAGGUAUUAAUGCAUAUGUUGAAGCUGUUAAAUCAGGUCCUGUUAAAGGUCAAAAGAAUAAAUUUAAAUUCAAGAGAGGUGCUAAAGCUAAUGAUGAUGAUGGUGAAGAUGAUGGUAAUGAUGAUGAAUUAGCUAAACCUAAAAGACAAGAAAGAAGUAAGAUUGGUGGUAAAGGUGGUAGAAUUGGUAAACCAAAACAAAAAUUAAAAGCUCGUAAGAAGUUGUAG